AUGAAUAACAAUACAUUAAAUAAAUCGAGAAGAUUGAACAAUGCUUUAGAUUCUAAUACGCAUUUAAGAAACAUUCUAUUAGCUUCCUUAGCAAAAUUACAUUCUUAGAACACAGCCUAGACAGGUUAUACCGAGUUAAGGGCUUUGAUGGCAUAAUUACAAUAAUAUCAAUUUUCCAUUUUAACCAAUCUACUUGAUUCUAAUGAUAUUUCUAAAUAAGCUAAAAAGGAUUAUAUUAAAGUAUUUGGAAUAUUUGCUGAAAUAAGAGGUAGUGAUAUUUAAGAGUAGCUACCAAAAAUAAUAUAAAUAAUAAAUAAAAGAAUAUAAGAGGGAGAUUCUACAUUUAUUUAGGUCAUAUCAGAUACCUUUGCAAAUAUCAAUGAAUUUACAAUUUAAACAUCAUCAAACAAAUAUGAUUUGCUUUAAUAGAUUAUAGAGCUAUUGCAAUCUAAUUUUAUGCAUAAUAAUAGGGUUGCUCAAUAAAUCAGUGCUUAAUCAUUAUAUAGAAUAAUUUAAACAACUGAUGCAUAAUUACUGGAGACAAUUUGUAGAUCAUACACGAUGAAAACCUUAGAAAUUCUAAAAUCUCCACAUUGUAAAACCUAAUAAGGAUUACUCGAGAGUUUAUUAAGUUUUAUAUUAAGUGUAGAAGACAUCUUUGAACCAUAUUUAUAGGAGUGUUUGCAUACCAUCACAACCUGCUUGAAUUCUGAAGAGUGGAGCUCAAGAAAAUUUGCAAUAGAUAUAAUUCAUUCAUUAAGUGUGAUUUUCCCUGAUUAUUUUAAAGUAAAUGAUCAUUUCCUUAAUAAAAUAAGCGAAUUGCGAUUUGAUAAAAUUAAACAUGUAAGAGAUGCCGCUUUAACAGCAAUGUCAUCACUUAAAAAUUCACGAUUACACCAAUAGUAAUCAAUUAAAGAACACAAAUCAGUGUUUAAAUCUAAUGCUAAUAAAGGAUUUUUUGAAAGAACAUCAGAUAUUUAAAUUGUUGAGAAUAGACCCAGAGAUGAAGAACUCUAUAAAGAGAAAUCAAAUUUUGCUGAUAUUCUUGUCAAAAAUGAAACACACUCCUUUAUACUUUCUAAUGAUCAGAUUGAAAACGAAUAGAGAGCAUCACCUGUUCAAAUUCUAAUAGAUUCAAAUAUAAAUUAAUCUCCUUAAUGUGCAAUUUAACCUACUUAUCAUUUUAAUAUUUAAGGAUCUAGCAAUUCUAAGGAAAGAAACUAUGUUAAUUAAAGUUAAGACUAUCCUAUAUCAUCAAUUUAACAAGCUGUUACACCUUAAAAGUAAAUAUAGGAUAAGCAGGAUCUAUUAAAAUUAUAUGAUUCAGCCAAAGCUAAAUAAAAUGCCAUUUUCGAAUAAAUAUUAAGUUAAAAACUGCAAAUUUCAGAAUAAAACACACGGUUAGAAAUGAAUCAAUUAAACUAAAGAAUAGAUAAAAUUGAAUAGAUUUUAGAAAGAAUGUCAGAAACUAUCGAUAAAAAGUUAAAUUAAUAAUAGGUUUAAUAGUUUUAAACUCAAAAAUAAAAAGUUUUACCUGUUGAAUCUUAUUAGGAUUCUUACUAAAUUCAAUAAAAUCCAUAAUCUCAUGAUAUCUAACAUUAAAAUAUAUUUGACUCUCUCAACGAUGUUCCAUAAAAAUCAAAUACUAAACUUUAAGAUGCAUUUUUCAUAGCAUAAAAGUCUUAAUCAUAGGCUGAGUCUAAGUUCCAAGAAUCUAAUUUUGAACAAAACUCUAGAGAAAUUAGUGUUACUGAGUCUAAGAAUAAUUAAAAAUCAAUUUAUGAAGUUUCUCCUUUGAGAAAUAAAGAUUAAUCUAUUCCUACUACCGAUGGUAAAUAAAUAAAAUAGCAAGUCUCAUCUCCUUUAAUUCAAAACCCUAAGAUUGUUUAAUAACAAAAAAUAAUGUAAAAGGUAGAGGAGUAAAUAGAGAAAAAUAACAUUAAUGAAGCAUAUUGUACUGCAUUAACAUCAUUAGAUGACUAGAUCAUAAUUUCAACGAUGAUGAAGACUGGACCUUGUACAGAGAGGUUAGAUUCUACAUAAGUUGAGUUUUUAUUACAUAAAUUAAGAACUUUAGAUUGGAUUGAAAAUGCACUUUAACAUCAUCUUUCUAGAAUGCCAGCCAUUUUAUUGAAAUCAAUAUCUACGUCAUUAAAUAAUAUAUAAUAGACUGAGCAGGUUAAAAGAAUACAAGAUAUGAUUGAAAAAAAGAAGUUGUAAUCAUAAGAUUGA